AUGCAGAACGCACACAUACGCACACGCAUACACAGAUGCAUACACACAACAUACGCACAGCCCUACUCGAUAGAUCCACCUGCACAGCCCUACUCGACAGAUCCACCUGCACAGCCCUACUCGAUAGAUCCACCUGCACAGCGCUACUCGACAGAUCCACCUGCACAGCCCUACUCGAUAGAUCCACCUGCACAGCCCUACUCGAUAGAUCCACCUGCACAGCCCUACUCGAUAGAUCCACCUGCACAGCCCUACUCGACAGAUCCACCUGCACAGCCCUACUCGACAGAUCCACCUGCACAGCCCUACUCGAUAGAUCCACCUGCACAGCCCUACUCGAUAGAUCCACCUGCACAGCCCUACUCGACAGAUCCACCUGCACAGCCCUACUCGAUAGAUCCACCUGCACAGCCCUACUCGACAGAUCCACCUGCACAGCCCUACUCGACAGAUCCACCUGCACAGCCCUACUCGAUAGAUCCACCUGCACAGCCCUACUCGAUAGAUCCACCUGCACAGCCCUACUCGACAGAUCCACCUGCACAGCCCUACUCGAUAGAUCCACCUGCACAGCCCUACUCGAUAGAUCCACCUGCACAGCCCCCUACUCGACAGAUCCACCUGCACAGCCCUACUCGAUAG